UGAGCGAGCGCCUGUCCCUACAGGAAGCUGAGCGCUUGCUCAUACUGGGAAGCUGUUUAUAUUUAACUCGCCGCCCCAUUCCUCACAAUCCUGUCACCCUGCUCCAACAACGCUCGAGAAGACAUCUGCUCUGGACUUUAUACUGGCACAAAAAUGGAUCCCAAGCCAUCAAGGUUGCCCCGGCGGAUAACUGUUCAGCCUUCCCCUUCCUCUCCCAUAAGUGCUCAGUUGCUGAGAAGCAGCAGAUUAGGCGGCCAUAGCGAAACCUAUCGUGUGAGGGACAGUUCGCUGAGACAUGAAUCUGUCUUUGAGGAUUCCAGCUCAUUGCGGACUUCAAGCAGAGACUGGACAUCAAUUAGAGACAGGGAUAGCCUGGAGCAUUCCUGGAAGACUCCUUCAUCCUCAUCUUCAUCUACUUACCAGCGCUGCUCAGGAACGUACGACCUCCCUCUAUCUGGUGGUUACAGGAGCCGAAUUUCCACAGCGUCCACAUCUUCUUCUCAGCCUUCUUGGUAUGAUCCAUUGGAGAGGUCUCAAAGCACUUACUCAGGAUUGCAUAGUCAGCAGCAAGACUGGGAUUCUAAGAGACCAAAGCUGUCUUAUUCUGGACGUACCCCUCUGUCUGGUGUAAGAACUACCAGUUCAAGCUACACUUCAAGUCCAGACACGUCAAGCAGGUACGUGCGCUUUCCUAGGACAACUUCUGUGAUGUUUAAUUCUGAUCUAACAAGUGAGAGAGAAAGGAGAACAGACGCUACUACUCAUGGGCUGAUGGAUUACAGAGACAGAAAUGGCGAUUCAACACCUUCAUAUCUUCAGGAUAGAGUUUCUUCUUAUGCACAAGGCGCAAGACCAAAAGAGAACUCUCUAAGCACAGUACGACUUAACACGUCUAUCAACCGCCAGAUGCCUUCUCAGAGUUCCUCAUUGCUAAGAGAUUCCAGCAGAAGUUCAAGAUCCGUGACGCCCAGAGACCUACGAUCUCCACAGAGAGACAGUUCACUGGACUUCCGCCAUACACCUAGUAGAAAUGAAGGAACAGCAAAGACUACAUCAGGACGAGUAUCACCUGCUCCUCAAAGGUCUACAAGUGAACAGAACACAGAAGGCAGACGUACAACAAGGCACUUGCUUUCCCGCCUUGCUUCUAGUAUGUCUUCCACCUUCUUCUCUAGGCGAUCUAGCCAGGAUUCCCUGAGUGGAAGAUCAGCAGAGGCAGAAGAAGCACAGUCAAGUUUACAUAAUGCUUCUCCUCAGCCAGUAACUACUACACCUGCCAAUACGGACCCGCCAGAAGCCAGGCCUUCAGAACAAUCUCAGGGAUUUGCAUUUCUUAGACGGCGGCGAUGGGGCUUGUCAUCAGUGUCUCCAAAUCAAAGCUCUGAUUCCGAUGCUGAAAGCUACAGGUCAGAAGAUUCAGAGUCCAGGACUUCAGGCUCAUGGCUGCCUUCAUCUAUAAGGAAUCGCUGCACUCCUCUCUUUUCCAGGAGAAGACGGGAAACAGUUAGAGCAUCCUCUACCUCUGAUUCUAGCCUAUUUAGAAGGGCAUCUCAAGAAGAUUUUUCAUUAGAUGAUGUGCACCCAGUCCAAGGAGCGGGCGCCACCACUGACAGCCCUUCGCUGCUGUCAUCGGACUCUCUGAGUGGCUCGUCACAGGCGGCAUCUCUAGCAGAAUCCCUUUUCAGUAGGAGAAAUUCAGGAAUAUCAGGCAUGCUUCCAAACUCUUUUUUACAUUUCUCUGUGCCCGCCGCACUUGGGAAUUCCUUAUCAGACAAUGUCAUGAUAACCGUAGACAUUGUUCCCUCAGGUAGGACAAGUGAUGGACAAGAAAGUGAAAAGUCUGAGAACUCCAGGGAUCCUGAGAAGCUUAAGAAAAUUCAAGAAAGCCUUCUUCUGGAGGACUCUGAAGAGGAGGAGGGAGACUUGUGUAGAAUUUGCCAGACUGGUGUCACUACCCCAACCAAUCCCUUCAUUGAGCCAUGUAAAUGUUCUGGAAGUCUGCAGUAUGUUCACCAGGACUGUAUGAAGAAAUGGCUUCAUGCUAAAAUCAAGUCUGGCUCCAGUCUAGAAACAAUAACUACAUGUGAAUUAUGUAAAGAGAAGCUGGAUUUGGACCUGGAAGACUUUGACUUACAAGAACUUUAUCGGGCACAUGCAAACGAGAGGGCUGAAUAUGAAUUUAUAAGCUCCGGUCUCUACUUGGUUGUCCUACUGCAUCUAUGUGAACAGCGCUUUUCUGACAUGUUGGGAGCUGCAAAUGAAGCAAACACUCGGGUUAGAUUCAUCAACCUCGCUAGGACCCUUCAAGCACACAUGGAAGAUCUUGAAACGUCAGAAGAUGAUUCAGAGGAUGAAAGGGUGUAAAGAACGGCCAACCUACUGGACUUUCAACACCUUCAAAAUUUAAAGUCCAUUUUCUUUUUUUCUUUGAACAUGCCAAUGCUCAGCCUUCCUUGUUGAAUCACUCUCACACUUUUUUUUUUUUACCUCUGUUCACUUGUUGCACUUGAGCAAUUUUCUAAUACCGAAUCGCUAAAAAAACCCUCAUUGGCUUUUCUGCCUUUUUUUUCUUUGUAUGCUGGAGCUGUGACUGUAUACUGCAGUAUGUCUUGUUUCUUUUUUUCCCUUGUGUUGUAUAACCUGAACUUCUGCUCCGACCAUCUGAGAUUCAGCCAUGUUACCUGCACAUAGUGAAGGGGGGGUGCUCUUUUAACUACUAAGGGCAGGGUUUCCCAGCCAGGGUGCCUCCAGCUGUUGCAUAACCACCACUCCUAGUAUGCCCGGACAGCCAAAGGCUGUCCGGGCAUGCUAGGAGUGGUGGUUAUGCAACAGCCGGAGUCACCCUGGCUGGGAAACCCUGUGAUGGACGAUAAGAAUCUGAUUGCAGGGGGUCUGUCCUCUGGCCAUGGUGCAAUGGGUCAGCAUGCACUCCAUACAUUGAUACAGAGGGCUCCCAUAGACAUUACAGCGCUCGGGUAUCUCUAGCGCUUCCAUAGGCAAUACAUGGAGCAUAUGCCGAUCCACCACCCACAUGCAGGGGGAGAUUUGGGACUCUGUUCUAGAGAUCCCCCUCCCACCCCUGUGAUCAGAUCCUUACCACCUAUCAUUUUUGAGAGGCUGGAAUACCCCUUUAAUGUGUUUGUCUGAUCUCCUAACAUGAAUGGCCUCACUGAUACCACUGAGGCUUCAAUAUCAUGGCGCCUCGUGUAUUGGAAAUAUUAGUAGGCCAUUCCAAUAUGCAGCCUACCAAAACUGCCUCUGCUCUGGGAACUCUGAACAAAAAGCAGCAACCUUGUGUGUAAUGGGGGAGGGUAUGAUAUAUUGUAACCAAUAAUAAUGUGAUCCUUAAGGGGUGAAGCCCCCCCACGCCUUAUCUUGCAGGCUCUUGUUUUAUAUAAUGUCUUUCCUCCAGUGUUGAUGGUUUAAUAAUAAUAUAAAAGGUUUUGUACAGCUGUCUUUUUUUUUUUUUUUUUUUUUUUUUAUGUUCCGAUCUGCCUUCUACUGACUUAGUAUGGGGCUGUUAGUUCGAGGUUGUGACUUGAUGAUGACCCUUUAGUUCUUUUUUUUUUUUUUUUUUUUUUUUUUUUUUCCAGAUUCAGUAUAUAGCACAUUUUACAAUUAAAAAAAGACUUUGCAAAAAAUAUAAAUGCUAAAAAUUUUAAACACUUGUAAUUGCUAAAAAAAAAAAUUAAAAAAUUGUAGAUCCCCCUGUAUAUUCACGAUAAAUGCACAUUGAUGUUUUAGCUGUAUGAUAGAAACAAUAAAGACAUUGUAUGAAU